UUUUUGUCUUAUUUGUCAUAUUAUUGAAAUAACUCAAUUCGUGCGCUAUUAUUUUCUUAUAAGAUUUUUAUGACAAAUUUUAUUAAAUUUCCUAAGAUCGAAGGCUAGAUAUUAUUGAUAAUUCUUGAAAAUAAUAACCGAUAGAACGCAUGUCUGCAUUAAAUAGUAUUUUUACCUUCACAUCACCCACAGUCAAAAAACUUUUAAACUGGAAACAAAGUGACGAAGAAGAGAAAUGGGCAGAAAAAGCUAUUGAAUCUCUUGUUAAAAAGUUGAAGAAAAAAAAAGGUGCCAUUGAAACUCUAGAAAGAGCUUUAAGUUCUCCACCAGGCGAUUGUGUUACCAUUGAAAGGUCCUUAGAUGGAAGAUUACAGGUGUCCCACAGAAAGGGCUUGCCUCAUGUAAUUUAUUGUAGGGUUUGGAGAUGGCCAGACUUACAAAGUCAUCAUGAAUUAAAGCCAUUGGAAAUAUGCAAAUUUCCAUUUGGGGCAAAAGAAAAGGAAGUUUGUGUCAAUCCUUAUCAUUACUCAAGAGUAGAGAGCCCAGUUUUACCGCCAGUCUUGGUUCCUAGAUACAAUGAAUACCCACCACCAAACCAUAAUGACAAUAAUAGUUGUUUGAAAUUUCCCUAUCAACAAUUUGAUGAAGUUAUUAUGCCACCGAAUGCGACCUUUUCUGAUGAUAUAGCCUUCCAAAUGGCAUCACAGAAUAGUGGGCCCACCAUACCUCCUCCUUACAUGAUGAACCCCAACGAAAAUAAUAAUGGGUUCAUGCCCACUCCCGGAAAUUUGGUACCCCAUCCUCCAUUUAUGAACAAUUGUCAAUACAAUGGAGGAGCUCGCCUUGGUAGCAAUAUGGUUGGCAAUCAAGGCAUUCAAAACAACAGCAUCAAUAACCAGGCUAGCCAGCAUACUCAAAAUAUGCAGAACGUGCAGAGCAUGCAAAGUGUUCAGAACAGGGCAUCCCCUUAUGAUAGCUGUGGGGGACCAGAAAGUCCAUUUUCUGACAUCUCUGUCACCACUGCUCCAGUCCAUUACACACAACCUGAAAUUUGGUGUUCCGUUGGCUAUUUUGAGCUGAAUUGCAGAGUCGGGGAAAGGUUUCACGCCAAAUCACUACAUUUUGUUGUUGAUGGCUACACUGACCCCUCCAUGAAUCCCUCCAUAUCUACCAACUUUAAAUUCCCAUUCUUUUGGCACGAAUCUAAACCUCAAACCAAUAUGGUAGAAUCUCCCUCCAGGUGUGGCUCCAGUGAUUACAUUGAUCCUGGCCAUCUCACCAACAUUCCUUUCUUUUGGAACAACAAAAACACAGCACAUUCAAAUACUUCCAACAAUUGUUGUAAAGAAAUGUUUCACCAACCCGCCCCAACUUCCCCACAUUCGGAUCGGUCCUCAACUGCUCAAACUUCCCGACUUCUAUCUGCCACUGGCGCCUCUAGUGGAACAGGUGGCUCUAUAAGUGGGGGAGGUAACGGGACCUCUCUAAAUCAUCGCUUCUGUCUAGGACUCCUGUCCAACGUAAAUCGUAAUUCUACUAUCGAAAAUACAAGGAAACAUAUUGGGAAAGGUGUCCACAUUUAUUAUGUUGGGGGAGAAGUGUUUGCGGAAUGUUUAAGCGAUCCAGGAAGUAGCAGCAUAUUUGUUCAAAGCAGGAUAUGCAAUCACGCCCACUCUUUUCACCCGUCUACCGUAUGCAAAAUCCCACCUGGUCACACCCUCAAAAUUUUCGACAAUGCCCACUUUGCGCGGGCCCUGGGCGAGUGCGUAACGCUCGGAUACGAGGCCGUCUAUGAACUAACGAAGAUGUGCGUGAUUCGUAUGAGCUUUGUCAAAGGCUGGGGAGCCGAAUAUCACAGACAAGAUGUUACCAGUACCCCUUGUUGGAUAGAAAUUCAAUUACACGGGCCAUUGGUAUGGUUAGAUAAGGUAUUGACGAAAAUGGGGAGUCCAGCCGCUCCUAUAUCUUCAGUCUCUUAAUACCCUUUUUUAUAAGCAAAUUUUCGUAGAAUCUCAUCCCCCAUCACACUUCUUUAAUUGUUAUAAUAAAUGUACAUUUUAAUUUUGUUA